GGCAGCAUCUGUAGCACAAAAAAAUAUAGUCAAUGUUUCAGUCCAAAAACAUUCGGCAAGACUGGAGACAAAUAGACAAGGAGUAGAGUUAAAUGGUGGGGAUAAGGGAGAGAGAAAACAAGGUGAUAGGUGACUGCUGAAAGGGAGGAAUGAAGUAAAGAGCUGGGAAGUUGAUUGGUGAAAUAGAGAUAAGGCCAUGGAAGAAAGAAAAGAGGGGAAGAGCACACAGGGGAGAAGGUGAGAGAAGAAAAGGGGGAGGGGAAUUGGUGAGGGUGGGCAUUACCAGACAUUGAAGAAUUUGUUGUUCAUGCUAUCAGUUUGGAAGCUACCCAGAUAUAAAAUGUUGUUCUUCCAAGCUAAGUGUGGCCUCAUCGCAUUGUAUGAUUUUAUUUAUGAAGCAAACUUGAUCUAAUCAAAGAGUUCAACUCUAAGGAUGAAUCUGGAAGAAUUUUAUCCAUUUCCACUGCAUGAGAGAUUGGAAAAUACAGUGCGAGGUCCAGCUCCCUCAAAGUACCAGAGACUGACUGGUACAGAAUGAACCCUACAAUCUCACACUGUACCGGAGAGUGAUAGGUACAGAAUGAACCCCAGACUCUCACACUAUACCAGAGACUGACAGAUACAGAAUGAACCCACACUCUCACACUGUACCAGAUUAAGACCGGUAGAGACAAUCUAUUGUUUAACAAAUCUGGACAACCCUCAUCACCACCUCAGCAGCACCACUUUGACCACUUUACACUGCAAUGGGAUCUUGUUGAAAUUCUGUUGUCUCUUUAUAAUUCUGUAGAGUAUGUUUUCAUUGUGUGAAUGUAGUGUCUCCGAUACUGUGUGUUUCUGAAUCUGCUGCAAGCCAGUUGGAUAUGGCAAUAAACGACUUAAACCCUCACUCCGAAAUGGGUCUCUCAUGCUGACAAUUGAACCUUCGAUCUCCUGCUGCCAUGUUUAAUUACGUAAAUGUUUCAUAUUAUCAAGUGUGUGAUUUUCUCAUUCCAUCUGCUUUUCUAGCAGACACCAUAGGUCGAAUGGCCGAAUACUGCGCCUGUACUUUAUGGCCGAUUGUUUAUUUUUGAUUUCCUUCCUGCCGAAUUAACUGGCAGCGGCAACUAAACUGAUCAGCGCCAGUUCCCGGUCCACAGUGUUACCCAAACGAACAAUGGGCAGUGGAGAUAGUUCUGAUUGGUUGUGGUGUUCCAUCAGGUAGCCAAUCAAAUGCUUUGACUGCAUGAAGCUUUUCUUCAAAUAGCCAUUAGGAAUCCAAAGAAUUGCCAUCCCUCAUUAGCAUACUGUUUUUGGCGCUGCCUUUUAAUUCGGGCUCCCGGCCAGUUCUGUUUAUUUCUGGGUCUGAAACGGACACGCGAAAUGCCUGAACCAGCGAAAUCCGCUCCGAAGAAGGGCGCCAAGAAAGCUCUGCCUAAACCAGCGGGUAAGGGAGGUAAGAAACGCAAGAGGCUGAGGAAGGAGAGUUACUCCAUCUACAUCUACAAAGUGAUGAAGCAGGUUCAUCCCGAUACUGGCAUCUCCUCCAAGGCCAUGAGCAUCAUGAACUCGUUCGUCAACGAUAUCUUCGAGCGAAUCGGGGGCGAGGCUUCCCGCUUGGCCAACUACAACAAGCGGUCAACCAUCACUUCCCGGGAGAUCCAGACCGCCGUGCGCCUGCUGCUGCCCGGGGAGCUGGCCAAGCACGCCGUGUCCGAAGGGACAAAGGCGGUGACCAAGUACACCAGCUCCAAGUGAAGCUCCCCAGUGAGAUGAUCGAAAACACAACGGCUCUUUUAAGAGCCACUCACAAUU